UUGUUUGUGUUUUUAAAGAUCCAAAUGAGAAUAUAUACGACAUCCCUUCAUAUAAUGGUGAAAUUUAUCGUUUAGUGAUUACGAAUAGUACUAUUAAUUUUGAAAAAAAUAUUUUCCGUAACGUUGAAAAUUUAACUUCGGUCGAAAUCAAUUUUACUGAUGUAAAUGGAAUGGAAGGGGCAAUUUUUGGGAACUUUACCAAUCUAUUUUAUCUGACGCUUAAGAACAACAAAAACUGGGACAUUUUAAAGCACAACACCUUUCUAGGACUUAAAAAACUAGAAUCUUUAAUUAUAGAUUCAAAUAACAUAAAAGAAAUCCAAAAUGGCUGCUUCAAUAGUCUUUUUAAUUUACAAGUUCUUCAAUUAACACAUAACAAUUUCAAAAUUCUUCCAGAUUUUGUUUUUAAUUCCAACAAAGAUCUUACGUCUUUGUUUAUUAAUAACAAUCAUAUUGAAAUACUUGAAGAACACAGUCUAGAGGGAUUAAACAGUGUUAGUCUGAUAGAUCUGUCUUAUAAUAAUAUUCAAAGCCUAAAUACCAAAGUCUUUUGCAAUUUGAAUCAAUUACAACAUUUGUAUCUGUCUCACAACUCGAUACAAUCGAUUUCACCUAGUUUUCAGAUCGAAAAUUUAAAAUAUUUGUAUUUAGAUAAUAACGAUCUACAAGUGGUAUCUCCAAUUUUUGAAUCAGAGAAUUUAUCAUUGAUUGAUCUAUCGUCUAACAAAAUAAGAGAAAUUGAUCCAAGUUCAUUUUAUUCCUUACGCAAUCUUAAAACCUUAUCAUUAAAAAAUAAUAGUAUUUCUACGAUUUACUUGUCGUUUGAACUGCCGGCGGUGUUUGGGGUGCAGACGAUCCAGGAGGAAGUGCGGCUCCACCCUGGGAAACGGCGCCUUGUCCCGGUGGAGCUGCCACCACAUUACUCACUGGCAUCACGGGGGCUUGAGGGGGAGGGUUGUCAGGCAUGA